AUGGACCACGGGAGCUGUGUUCCCCUUCAAGCUUCCAUCGCCAACGCUUGCAACUUGGAUGGUUGGCUCUUACGUGGGGCAAGGUCACCUGCUGCUGAGACACUUCAAAUAUACCUUACUACAGUUCCUCUGCCUUCACUUAUAUCUGGAAACGACUCUUAUGUCUGGCUUGUCAAUGACUCUGCAUUGGAUAAUUAUUCAGCAAAGCUAACCUGGGAAGCCUUACGUCACAGGGCUCCGCUUCAGCAAUGGUCCUCUUAUGUCUGGUUCAAAGGUGAAAUCCCUAGACACUCUUCCAAUAUGUGGCUAGCUCAGCUCGACAGGCUACCCACAAGAGCCCGUCUCUCCAAAUGGGGCACCAAUAUUCCAACUUCUUCCUGCCUUCGUAAUACCUACAUUGAAGACAGAGAACACCUCUUCUUUCGCUGCGAUUGGAGUGCUGAUCUUUGGACAUUUGUCUGCGAAGAAUGGGAUACUCAUUUGUAG